UCUUCCACCUUUACCUUUUGCACAUUCCGCCCUAUAUCAUCGAAACUGAACCAUGGCUAGGUGCUAUUACGACGGCUUCGGCAGAUACCGCUGCCGCAGUGCCUGGAACGACUGGGUCCGCUGGGUCGUCCUCGUCGUCGUCGUAGUCGCUUUCUUCCUCCUCUUCGCCCUCUGUUCCUGCAUAUCCGCCCGUCGACGCCGCAAGGCUGGCCGAAACCCCUUCUACGGUACGGGGUGGAUGGCCCCAAAUAGCAACCAACCCUAUACUCAGCAGCCCUACUACAACAACCAGUACAGCCAGCCGGCGCCGCCUUAUUCCCCGCAACCCCAGCCCAACCAGCCUAGCUAUGGAUACUACAACCAAUCCCCCUACGCUCAGCAGCAACAAGGCAUCGAACUGCAGUCUCCCCAGGCGGCAUACCACAACCCCGGUGCCGACCAUGUAUACACCCCUCCCCCGGGCCCCCCACCGAACAAAGCGAUGGCGUGAUUCGAUAGAUGACGAGAGGGACUUUUGACGCUUCAGGGAAGCCUGAGUUACGGGAUUGGAGUUUCAAGGAUGCGGGGUGUUGGGUCUCUUCUUCCUGG